UUCACACCUUCCACUGGUGUUGUGUUCCUAAUACCCAUCUCAUUUUCUAAAACACUUAUUACUUAAAAGAAGAAAAAGAAUGAUUACUGAACACGAACAUCCAUUAAAUCUUAUAGAUUUGUGGUCGGAACAACUGCAACAUGAAAAAGAGCGCGAAGAAGAAGACGAGGAAUCGAACGAGGAUGAAUUCCUUACAAAACAAGACUUCAAAUGUCUGUGUUCUCGAUGUGAAGAAGAAAUCAACUGGUUCCAUAGGUAUUACUACACAUGUUGUCAAUGUGGGUACUCUAUCCAUAAUUUUUGUGAAGAGCUUCCAGAAAAGUACAAAGACAUUUGUCAUGUUCAUCCUGUUUACUUCCUCGGAGAGAGGAAUUACGAAGAGAGGAAUUACGAUCAGUGGAUAUGUAAUAUAUGUCGUUGUUCUUAUGGGCCUGGCGACCUUUAUUAUCAUUGUCCACAAUGUGACUUUGAUGUUGAUGUAAAAUGUGCUAUAAAAAGGCAACAAAAGAAUAUCAUCUAUCAUCCUAGCCAUGAACACCCCCUAGUUCGCAUCCCUAAAAAACUUUUAUAUGAGUGUGACGCAUGUGGUAUGGAACAUAAAGGGGUCUUCUAUCAUUGUCCCCAGUGUAUUGGCCCAUUCAUUCAUAGUCACUGUGCUUUCCAACCGAAAAAGUUACGAAUCCAACAUUAUACAAAUGAUUUUUUCUCUCAUAUUCAUCCACUCGACCUUUCUUAUACCUUUCCGAAAGAGGAGCAAGAAUCCAAGUUUUACCCACUGUGUAGAGUAUGUCGUCAAGCAUUUUCUAAGGAGUAUCUUUGGAUAUAUAAAUGCGAAAAAUGCAGAUACUAUACGCAUCUGAAUUGUGCAACAUCAAGAAACGAGCCCUUCAUGUCCAUCCUUACAUCUCCAGGUACAGGUAAAAUCAUAAAAAACUAUGAAGAUGCUGAACAUCCUAAUCUUCUUCGUCUACCAUUUCCCGAUCCAUCUUUUAGCCUACUAAAACACUUGUUUUUCAAGAAAGAUGGAUCAAGUGCCUACAAAACACGUGAUAUUAGUCAUCAACAUCCACUAACUCUGGUGGAUGGUGAUAUCACAACCCCCACCUCUUCUAGAAUAAAACCAAUAUCCUAUCAUGACCCAAUGAAGAGGAUUCAACUUUUGUGUGACGGGUGUGUGAGACCAAUUACGAGUUGGCCAAUUUACGUGUGUGCCAAUGAGGAGGAGGAGCAUUGCAACUUUGUGCUCCACGAGUGGUGCUCCCGGCUACCUGCUGAACUGAUAGACCACCCUGCUCACCAACAACAUACCCUGAUUCUCCAUUCAAAAGCCCCUCGUCAGUUUUUUGGGGUAUUUUCUUGUAAUAUUUGCAGCUUACCUUGUAAUGGAUUUGUCUAUUGUUGUAUGGAAUGCGUAGACUUCAUCAUUGACGUUGAGUGUGCCUUCUUACCUAAAGAAAUCACUCAUACUUCUCACCCAAAUCAUGUCCUUUCUCGGGUUUAUCAAAGUGGUUUUCUAUGUCGUAUAUGCAAAUAUACUGAGUCUGGGAAUAACUUUUCAUUCAGUUGCCAUACUUGUAAUGAUUUUCAUCUACACACCAAGUGUGCUUUGUUUAUACCGGAGACAACUAUGAACAAGUGUGACAAGCAUCCAAUGAAGCUGAGUUACUUUCCCAUUGAGAACCAUAAGAGUGACUAUUUUUGUGAAGUUUGCGAGCGAGAACUUAAUCCUGAGCGUCCAUUCUAUCACUGUCGUGAUUGUAUGCAGUCUAUCCAUACAACUUGUGCUCCGUCAAUACUUCAGUAUGAAACAUAUGACCGAUAUAGUGGAGGCGUUUAUAAGUUUGUAAAUGUGAAGUUUGGGGGCACAUAUAACAAUAUUGAAGUGCAUCCACACCCCCUUUCAUUUGUUCAAGGGAUUGAAGACGAUGGUGAAUGUGCCAGCAAUGAUUGUUAUUACAGAUAUCAGCCGUAUAAUCUCCAGUAUAGUAUGAUCUUUAAGUGUUUAGAUUGUAAAUUUGCAGUUCAUUACGAGUGUUGUGAACGUAUGAGUAGCUAAUAUAUAUAAUUGGUUUGUUCUUGCGUU